AUGAGAUUCGCUGCGGCCCUCAGCAUAGCGUGCUGCUGGAUAUCCACUGCAUCUGCCGCCUUCGACCUAAACCGGGGAGGUGGUGUCCUCAAAGCACCUGAAGGAGACUCUUUCGCUACAGUUACCGGCACCUUCACUGUGCCCAACCUGUCGGGCGCGAAUAGGCUGUCCAUAUGGAUUGGCAUCGGUGAUACCCUCAGACAAGACUACGUCCUCGGUGGUGGCAUAGUGUAUAACAGCACACUCAAGAGCUUCUCUGCCUACUUCCCAGGACCAGUGACAGAUACGACCUCGACAGUUCCAGUCGCAAAUGGCAAUUCCAUCACCGUCACAGUUAACAUGGCAACUGCUGGAGGAACCGUAACCGUGGAGAACAAAACGCAGAAUAAGCAAACGACGCAGACACUCGCAGCCCCUGCUGGUGUUGAGCCAGAGCGACUAACAGCUCUCGCCGCCAACUGGUUCGUCCAAGCCUAUCAGGUCACACCUGGUCAGCUUGUUCAGACACCGAACUUCGGCACGAUAUCGUUCACUGCAUGUACCGCCACGACGAAGAGUAGGAAGACAGUACCCAUCUCAGGCGCCGGCAAGUAUGAGAUUCAAGGCACUAGUGGACAGAUAUACUCCAAGACAACUGUGUCAAGCACGGGAAUCUCGGUUCAAAGGCAGACGUAG